GAGGUGCGAGGGCUGCCAGCACGUCUUCACCGCGGAGGGCGAGCCCGGGCUCGCCGAGGCCGCGAGGCACGUGGUGGAGGACAACGGGUACUCUGACAAGAUCACCGUCCUGCCCGCCCUGUCCACCGAGCUGCAGGUGGGCUACGCCUGCCGCGCGGAGGACCAGAGGCGCUCGAUCCCCUGCCGGGCAGACGUCCUGGUCGCAGAGAUCUUUGACACCGGCCUGGUCGGGGAGGGCGUCCUUCCCAGGGGUCUGGGGCUCGCCGGCCGCCCGCGGAAGGCUGCUGCGGCCCGGCGCCCGGGUGGUGCCACACCGCGGGCGCGUCUACGCCGCCGGCUUCCGCUCCGAGUUCCUCCGGUCGCUGGACGUCCUCGAGUCGCCGUCCUUCGACCCGAUCGCCGGGCCCCACAGGCA